UUCAAAUUGUGCUUCUUGUGGUAAAUAAAUAAAUAAACAAAUAAACAAUAUUUCUGCAGCCUGAUGUCCCUGUUUAUCAGCCCGUUGGUCGGCUUCAUUGGCCUCUACCUCUUCUUGUUCUCUGACGUCAUCGCGCCUGACGUCAUCAGGCAAGAAGUGCCAUUACUGAAACUGGCUGUCUGUAUACUGUUGGGAUACCUAAUUGCAGACUUCGGAAUUCGUGCCGCCAACCCGGCUUCGGACGUCUGCGAUUGGUCCAUGUUCCUGCAUCACGUGCUCACCCUUUACGCCGGACACUCAUCCGCCGCUUCAGCUGACCUGCCCUACUACCAGGUGCUGUGGACCCUAAUGGAGUUACCCAACAUCUUCAAUUGCCUUCGUGUAAUCCUGAAGGAGCUGGGUCAGAAAACGUCCCUCAUCUACGUACUGAAUGGACUCGCCUUAACAUUGGUGACAUUCCUAACCAACGUGGCGCCAAUUCCGUUAUUUUGGUAUCACAUGAUCCCCCUCGUCCAAUCAGAGGCCUUCUCUGAGGUGACCUUCGGUAUGAAGGUCGCGACGUUCGUUCUAUCACCCAUCAUGCACAUUUUGCAAUGCUUCUGGUUUUUCAAGGUAUGCAGAGGUGCAUUUGAAUAUUUUUUCGGGAAGACAGUCAGGAAACAAAAUUGAAGUCGGGCAUACUAAGACCACAAGUAAUUUUCAUGGAUGACAUCAGCGUGCGCAUUAAUUUUUAGCCUGAUUUUGAGCACAAAAAAAAAAAG